GCGGGAGGCGGCGGAGGCGGCGGGGUGGGCAUGCGAGGUGGAGGGGUAGGCAUGCGAGGCGGCGGGAGCGGCGAGAGCGCCCUGGGCGGGGGGAGUGGAGACGGGUAUGGGAGGUUCGGGCUGUGGCAGCACGGUGACUGGAGGAUGAUCAGGUUCGUGUUCGGCGUGCCUGUGACGGCGAGGGACGCAUGGCCGGGUCCGCCUGGCUGGAACGCAUUCCUGGAAGCGCGGUGGUGGGUCGCGGUGCGCUGGCCGUGGCCUAUAACGCGGCGAUGCGUUGCACUUUGGAAGGUGGAUUACCGACGACGACAACGCGGUUCACGCACCAGCGUGAACUCCCAGAGCGCCUCAGCAGCCUGCAAGUACUGCACCACAUCUCUGCUCAUCGUGUCUCCCAACCUGUACCGCACACGCUACAUCUCGUACUGGUCUUUGCCCACGCUGUCGAUCUCGUCGCGGAUGAUGUUCAGGAUGCUGUGUGCCAUCGACGCGAGGUAGGUCGCCCUCUCGCGUGCCGAUUGUUCGUCAUGGGGUGCGCCCGGAGACGGGCGCGGUGCAUGGCGUUGGACGGAAUCGAUGAUGGAGUAGAUGGCAGGGAUGUCCGAGGGGCUUGCCAUGGUGCGCGAGAUGCUUGGUGCAAGAGGAGCGUGGGUCGACUAGCGAGCGGUGCAGAGCGGAAGGCUCAGGCGAGAGCAGCACCUCCGAGGCUGGCAGAGAUAGAAGGAGCCUGGACAAGUGAGAUAAACAGCCAAGGCUUGAGUGAGGAGCACAGGAUCGGUCGAAGAAGACAAGGCUUAGGACCUGAAGCAGCAGUAUAUAGCAAUACGCACAGCCCAGAAUGUUGUUCUUAGGCAUCCGUAGAUACAGUGGACGUCAGUGAGGAUAUACUUAGCGUGCGUACCUGGCAGCCAUCAGUCGAAUGUCGCGAGUGUUGUCCGGAGAAUACAAGACGUAUGCCGACAGGUUGAACCCUGUUUAGACCAUGAAGGCUUCGCAUGGUCUGCAUGCGAGCGUCCUUGGAACGCCUCCCGCAACAUGUGGAAAGAGGAGCCGUCGUCAGUACUUGUGGCAGUAUAGGCGAUGUUCACUGUUCGUACAGAGACGUCGAAGCGGG